AUGAUACCCUGCGUCGGAGACUCCGAGCUUCAGCCUGCGGGAGUGUCCUUCGGAAGGCGAAGUAAACAGACGCACGACACGGGAAGGAGGCGGAGUGCGCUGACCCUCGCCUGCCUUGCCCUUGUCGUAUGCUGGCCCGUGGUGGCCAGCCUCGACCCAAAGUUCGAUCCGUCCACCCGGAUGGGGCUCGUGCUGGUGCCGGCAGACGCGACCGUUGGAUCCGUCAUCUACCGGUUGCGGGCGACGGACGAGGAGUUCGAGUAUCCGCUGCAGUUCGAGCUAGUCGGCGAUGCAUCCUCAUCGACGGUACAGAUCGAGUCGCUGCCGUGCACCAAAUACAACUCGAUCUGCCAGGCGAACGUGCUGCUGACCCGCCGGCUCGAGCCAGGCCGGUACUACGACUUCCAGGUGUCGGUGAAGGACACCAAGGGCGGAAUGUCGGUGCAGAGCUGCUCGAUAACGGCGACCAACUUCACCACGCCGCACGAUGUGAUCUUUCCGCACAAGGCCGGCAUCAUCAUGGUGCCAGAGGACGCCAAAAAGGGCACCGAGCUCGACUACGUGCUGGCCAACAAGAAUCCGUUGCUUCCAAAGUCGGUCUAUCUUGAACUAUGGGGUUCGCCACUGUUCGGCAUCAGGCAAAAGAUCAUCACACCCGACACGACCGAGGGCACGAUCUUCCUGCUCGGUCAGCUGGACUUCGAGAAGCAGGCGAUGUACCACCUGACCGUGCUAGCCAAUGAUGCGUAUGCGGAACCGGGGCAAGACACGCGCAACAUCGCCGGCCUAGAGGUGGUGGUCAUUGUCGAGGACGUCCAGGAUGUUCCUCCAGUCUUCACGGUGGCGCCACCUGUAACGCGACUCCCCGCUGGCCUGAUACCGGGCGAUAAGGUCCUCCAGGUGCAUGCGGAGGACGGUGAUAAGGGAGUACCGCGUGAGAUCCGGUACGGGCUGGUGUCAGAGGGCAACCCGUUCACGUCGUUCUUCGAUAUUAACGAAACCAGCGGGGAAAUAUCGCUGCUUCGCCCACUGGACGACAUUCUGGCCCUGACGCACGCCGGUGACCCCGUACUGCUGACGGUGAUCGCGGAGGAGGUGAAGGUUGCUCGGGACGAGCCGCCGGCAAUGGCGACAACCGUACAGCUGGCAUUCUUCCUGCCCGAGCGCAGCAACUCACCGCCAUACUUUGAGAACGACCACUACGUGGCCCGUUUGGAAGAGAAUGCAGCUCCCGGGACGGUGCUACCAUUCACCGAUCCGUACACGCCCCGCGUCAUGGACGACGACGCGGGCAAGAACGGUGUGUUCUCGCUGACACUGCUCGGCAACAAUGGCACGUUUGAGAUUUCACCGAACGUCGCGGAGGGCCACGCCAACUUCGUUGUGCGCGUGCGUGACAACUCCCGGCUGGACUACGAGGCCGCAACCUACGUGCACUUCCAAAUAUUGGCACAGGAGCUUGGCCCGGCCACUAACCUCUCGACGCUGGUCAACGUCACCGUCUACCUGUCGGACGUGAACGACAACGCGCCGGUCUUUGAGCAGAGCGAUUAUCUCGUGGACCUGCCCGAGAACAUGACGGCCGGAACGCGCGUCGUACAGGUGCACGCCACCGACGUCGACACGGCCGGGCUCGGUGGUCGAGUCCGCUACACGCAAAUCCUGGGCGCUCAGAACACCUCGCUCCAGCUCGAUCCGGCCUCCGGGCUCGUCACGGUCGCGCUCAGCAACCACGGCUUCGACCGGGAAGCGAUGCCGGAGUAUCACCUGUGGGUGGAGGCCCGCGACGACGAUGGCAUCGGCAACCGGGCGCAGGUCCCGCUCGUCAUCCGGCUGAUCGACGUCAACGACGAGACGCCCACGUUCGACAAGCCCCUGUACGAGUUCAUCCUGUCCGCGGACCUGCGCAACUUCACCGCACCCGCCAUCAUCCACGCCACCGACCGGGACGCCGAGGCGCCCAACAACGAGGUCCGGUACGAGCUCAUCUACGGCAACUACGAGAACAAGUUCUUCCUGCACCCGAUCACCGGCGAGCUGCGGCUCAAUGCGCCCCUCGUGCCCCGCACCACACAGAACCGCCGCCGCCGACGGCGGCAGAGCAACUCCGCGCCGACCGACACCGAUUCUAGUCAGCAACAGCAGCAGAAGGAUGCGGACGUGUUCGUCCUGACGGCGCGAGCCUUCGAUCUCGGCGUGCCGGUGCGCUUCUCCACCACCACCGUGCGCGUGUACCCGCCCGAGAGCCGCACCCGCACCGUCACCUUCAUCGUCCCGGGGCGCGAUCCGGACCGCAAGAAGGUGCAGGACACGCUAGCCGACAUCACCGGGGGUCGCGUCAUCAUCCAGGAGCUGCGGCCGUACACGUCCGGUGACGGCGGCAUCCCUACAGAUAUUCUGGGCGGUGGCGGAGGAGGUGGCGCGAGUGCCACGGAGCGCUCGGUGGUUAUCGCCACCAUCCUCUACGACACCGACUCCGUCGUCGACAUCGAGAAGAUCCAGCAACGCCUCUCGAUCAACGGCACGGUUACCAACAUCAUCAGCCAGGAGGAACGCAGUGCCAUCCUCUACAAAGCGGAAAAUCGUGUCCUGUUUUGGCUGCUGAUCUUCCUCGCAAUUCUGCUGGCGCUCGGCAUCCUGACGCUGCUGCUUUGCUGCAUCUGCCCGCGGUGUCCCCUGAACGCCACCAACCGAAAAAGAAUACUUCGGGUGAAUAAUAUCGAAGAUGAUGUACAUCUUGUUCAUAGAAAGCAAGGGCUUGGAAAACAAUCCAAAUCUGUGCAGGUCGCCGAAUGGAUGGGACGAAGAGAAGCCUGGUCAGCAGCGAAUCGAUCGACCGAUUCCCGUACCAAGCCGACGCACUGGGAGUAUCGAGGACGACGGGACAUUGCCAAAGGCACACUAGCGGCGUCGGCGGACGCGGCCGGCGACGGGGGAGGUGACGUCGACGACGAGGGGCGCGACCGGCACGAGGACGACAGUGGCGGCGGUGGCGGCGGCGGCGGCGGCGGCGGACACGGUGGCAAUGGGCGGCGGAAGUCGGAGAAGCAUACGGUUAAAAUUAGGAGUGACAUGAAGAACAAGUCGGCGAAGGACGACGCGCACCUGCACCGGUCGCGCACGAACCUGCUGAACGCGGACCGGGACAUGUACGUGGAGGACGUGGAUGAGCACGAUCCGGAGUAUCAGUCGCUGAAGCGCAUCCACCACCACCAUCACCAUCAUGCGGGCGGGGGCGGCGGUGGUGGCGGAAAGCCAGCCAUCGACCACGAGCCGCUCCCGAUCGACGACGACUCGAUGCGACGGCACGAGCUGGACAGGGGCAGUGACUUGAACUACGAGCGUCGUGGCAGCUUCAAACGCCAGGGGCACGCGGUACCCGCAACGCUGGUCACCCACCCGGGAGACGAACACGCGGAACCACGGGAUCAGUACUUCAUUAAGGAUGGGAACGCGGAGAUCCUGCGGCUAAUUACGCGCGGUCGCCACGACGAGGAGAACAUCUACGUGAACAUACCGCCCCAGCCGCAGCAGCAGCAGCAACAGCAGCGUGGAGGUGUGGCAGCGGUUGGAGGCGGUGGUGGAGGGGGCGCCCAGCCGCAGUACAUCAUGGUGGACAACGGCGGCAAGGAGAUCCUGAUGCGGCGCUACAUCGAGGAGCAGGCGAACGGGAAGCAGAUCAUCCGCGAGCACUACCAGCUGCUGCCGGGCACCACCUUCAUCCAGACCAUGCCGAACGAGGUGCCGGGGGCGGGCGGCGGGCGGGGCGGACCGGGCGUGCGCGGAGAGCACGUGACGGAGGUGAAGAUCAGUGCGGUGAAGGGUUCGCACCAGCGGCUCGCGGACGACGACGACGAAGACGAGGACGCGGUGGACGGGAUGAAGCCGGCCGUGUCGACGCACUCGCUGAUCCACCAGGAGCUGGAGCACUCGCUGAAGCAGCAGAACGCGCUGCUCCGCCAGAUCCUGCUCGAGAAGGAGAAGCUCGAGGAGAAGUACACGCAGUACGAGCAGGCGCUCGAGACGCAGUCGCUGCCGUGCCAGUCGCUGGCGGUGGUGGUGGCGGCGACCCAGACCGACUGCGACACCGGCACGCAGACGGACCCGGUGCGUGGGGGAGGUGGUGGAGGAGGCCGGUGGAAUCGGCGGCGCACCCGCAGCGAGAACGACGACUCGCUGUCGGAGGACGAGUACGAGUACGUGCGCUAUAGUCCGCCGGACAGCCCGGACGGCGUGUACCUGAUCAAGCGCCGGCGCCACCGGAAGAAGUCCAAGACGUACAUGCGGGCGGGUGGGGAGGGGCAGGGCAGCGGCGGCGACUCGACGGGGGGCGAGCGGGGUAGGGCGAACCGGAGCCGGGUGGUGAUGGUCGAGUCGGUGAAGCGCAAGAUCCGCACGCCGAUCCAGGAGGAGGACGACGAGCUGCUGCUGCAUCAGCACCACCAUCACCACCACAGCAACCACCACUACCAGCACCAGCGCCACCAGCCGGGCGGGGGUGCGGGGAGCCGGGGCCGGACGGGCCCGGGGCGCGGUAACGCCCAUCAGGAGACGCGCACCAGCAUCCUGCGCCGGAAGCGCAACGAGGAGCUGUCGCGCGCGAAGGAGGGCAAGGAGGGGCAGGCGCCCCGGCUGAAGCGGGACGUGCUGCUGGAGAUCUCCGACUCGCUGCCCGGUGCCAGCGGCGCCCCGCCCCCCACCGGGCGGCGCAAGAAGGUGUACCGCAAGAACGUCAAGUACUACGAGGACUCGGACGGCUCGGAGAAGGAGGUGGUGGUGCAGAAGAACUACUUCUCCGCCGACAGCCUGGACGAGAUCACGUCCGACGUCGAGGACUACCGCUACUCGGUGACGAAGACGAGCAAGUCGGUGACGGUGUCACCGAAGGCGGGCGGGGCGCGGGCGCCCGACGAGAAGAAGGAGACGACGACCACCACGCGCAUCCGGCUGACGACGUCCGAGUCGCCGGCAGCACCUGCGCCGGGGAAGGCGCCGGCACCGAAGCCGCCGCGCCUCAGCAAGUCCGUGUCGCGGGAGGAGGAGCUGAACGAGCACGAGCGCGACCAUGCGGUCAACCCGAAGUACAUGGACUGGUACUACAACCUCGGCAAGGAGUCGGACUCGCUGGAGAAGCAGCGGAAGCCGCCGGCGGCCGGCGGCAAUGCGACGCAAACGCUGACCAGCACCACCACCACCACCAGCUCGACGACGACCAUCACGGCGGGGGCGGGAGCGGGGGCGAAGAAGAAGGCACCGCCGGCCGGGUCGAGCGUGGAGGAGCCGGGGGCGAAGGGGGCAACGCCGGCCCAGAAGCCUGAACCGGCGCCUCGCACCAGCCCCCCGACGAAGGAGACGGCCCGCCUCCUCAAGGAGGACCUGCAGCACGCGCGGAAGGUGGGCACGCAGGGCGCGGAACCGGGCAGCCACCCGCUGCUGCAGCACUCCGAGCAUCGCUUCGAGGCGGAGUACGACCCGACGCCGCAGAUUCCGGCCCCGCCGGACAAGCUGCCGCACUACCUCUACCCAGAGACGCCGCCCAUCGUCAGCCGCGACAACAAGGUGCAGAUCAAGAUUGUCGACUCCUCAUCAGUGGCCCAGGCGCCACCACCGCCACCAACCGUCGGGCCCGCCAAGGAGCAAGGGGCGGCGGGGCGCUCGAAGCCGGCCCAGUCGGCCGCCUCCAACUCCAAGACGCUGAACGUGUCGACACUCGAGGACGACCACGACUCCGGCAUCGCGAUGAACUCGCUGCUCAACACCAAGGGCAAGAGCCGGAACCGGAUCGCGGACAAGAAGAGCAUCUUCACCAUCGCCUACGACGACGUGCGCAUCCGGCAGAUCCGCUCCGAGAGCGACACCCCGCCGUUCUCCUAA